GCAGAAACAAACUGCGAGCAACAGCGCCAUGGAGGGUGACUGGGUGGACUAUGGGCGGGGCCUUUGCAUUGCGGAAGAAGCAGUCGCCGUCACCAUUGAUCAGAUUCUCACCGAUGGUGGAACACUCUUGUGGCAGAAAUACCUCGAGCGAAAGGCCUUCUCGUUUGCUGCCACCGCCAUUAGCGAAGCGCUGGUCAGCCGCCUGCGGAUGUGCUAUGUUCACCACGACCAUGGCGAGCCACUGGAGGGUGGACAGCUAGGUGAAGAGUGGCAAAUUGAGGAAGAGCCCGCCACAUGCGAGGUCGAUAGCUGGGUCCGCAUGCAUUUGCCGGUCCGUAGGGGAAAGGCGGAAGAGGCCAGUGGCUCUCUGAAGGUGCCAAAGCUGCGGCGAAACCCCGCGAGUCGGCAGAAGUUCGGCAGCACUCUACAGAAGCUUCCGCCUGAAUUCCAGCCGAGGGUCCAGCCACUGGAGAGCGAAAUCCAGGUGGACCCAGAAGAGGAACGAAUGCGAGAGGCCAAGGCACAAGAAGAGGCCCGGAAGCGUGACAAAGAGCGCAUGGCCAAGGAAUCCGAGAAGACUUUCGAGGAGGAGAGAAGGAAGGUGCAGCAAUUGCACGAAGAGAUGUCCAAAAGACCACAUACGUUUGACACCGAGGGGAACCUCAUUUGGGUGGAGGAGUUGAAGCCCGAUCGGUUUCCCAGGCUGGUGGAAUUCUCCAGCUACGCCGUGAAGAAAGAUCCCAACAAGACGACCACGCUCGGCCGGGACGAGAAGCCAGUCAUGGGUGGGGCUGGGGCGAUGCCGCUGCCUGAGCCACGCAGGCGACGGAAGGAUGGCAAGCGGCGCACAAAGAAGGGCGAGGCAGGUCCCGAGUUCACCGAUGGCUUUUCGAAGUUGCAACAUGGACAGCCGCCCAUCAUAGAGACCAUGGUCUUGGUACCUGGCGUCCAAGUCGAGCAAUUGGGAAAGCUGAAGUCGGGACCGGACUCGGACUCCCGCUUCAUGUCGCGGAGAGAGUAUGUGCAGCUGGUUGAAGCAGAGGACCAGAAGAUCAGUGUCAGCUUUAGCGUAGAUCGUCGCCGCCAUUUGGCGAGCUCCAGCAAGUGAGAAAGCAGACUGAAAGCUGCAGACUGCCAAAGAUGGAAGCUGCCCCAGCCAUGUGUUCUUCGCUCCCGUUUGGAGCGAAGAUGAGCAUUUUACGUUGCGAAGAUACACAGGUUUUGCUGCCCAAUUCAUACAUAUUCAUGCCAGUCUUGCU